UAGCUAUAUAGCUGCUGCUGUCUAGUGUCUGAAUGUCUGAUGAAUUUUAACUUUAUGUAUUUUUUAAACUCUGUGUUGUGAAUGAUUUUUUUGUAGAUUAGUCAUUACCAUAGCCGUUUUCCUUUCUGCAGAUCGCAUUAAACGUUAGGACACCUGUCGGACAUUUGCAAAAACGGUUGGAUUUGGUUAAUAAAAGUAGCAGAUUUUUGUAGUUGACUCAAUGAACGAUUCAACCGAAGAAUGUUCUCCAUUUAAAGAUAGAAAGAAAAAAACUCAUAUGUCGUUAAAUGAUAAAAAACGUUUAGCUCGGGAAAAAGCUGAACAGUAUAAUAGCAAUGGCAGGCCUUCACGCCAAUAUCAUAUGUUAACUGCUGAAGAGGUGAAACAGGGGAAAGAAACUCGUUGGGAACAAUUGGAAAUCAUUGGUUGUGUAAAAAACAUAAGUCCUUCUUUAUGGAAUUUGACGACAUUAACAGGACUUUACCUAAAUGACAAUCAAUUAACACGUUUACCGCCAGAUAUAUCAAUGCUUGUUAAUUUAGUAUAUCUGGAUUUGUCUGGAAAUAAAUUACGUAGCUUACCUGCUGAACUUGGUGAAUUAGUGUAUCUCAGAGAAUUACACUUGGGUUAUAAUAUGUUAAGAUCACUACCACAUGAGUUAGGGCGUUUAUUUCAACUGCAAGUAUUAGGUUUAGCUGGUAAUCCUCUAUGUCAAGAAGUAAUGAAGUUGUAUAGUGAACCAAAUGGCACACAUAGAUUGCUUAUGUAUCUCUUAGAUAGCUUACAAGUGAGAGUACCUGUGCCGCCGGGAAGACCAUGGAUACCUCUAUCUAGACCGAACAAGAAUAUUCCUUCCUGUCCAGUUACAGUGAUGUGUUAUAACGUUUUAUGUGAAAAAUAUGCUACUACUCAGAUGUACGGAUAUUGUCCAUCUUGGGCCCUUUCCUGGGAUUAUAGGAAGAAAGUAAUCUUAGGCGAAAUCCGGCAUUAUACUGCCGAUAUUAUCACUUUACAGGAGGUCGAAACGGAUCAAUUUUACAAUUUCUUUUUGCCGGAGCUUAAGAAGGACGGCUACGAUGGCGUAUUCUCCCCCAAGUCAAGAGCUAAGACUAUGUCCGAAAACGACCGUAAACGAGUAGAUGGAUGUGCAAUAUUCUUCCGAGCGAUCAAAUUUACAUUAAUCAAAGAACAUUUGAUCGAAUUCAAUCAACUGGCAAUGGCCAAUUCCAGUGGUUCGGACGACAUGCUCAACCGAGUGAUGCCCAGAGACAACAUCGGUCUGGCUGCCUUGUUGAAAACCAACGAAACCGCAUGGGAAAACUCUCUGCCAUCGGAAGUCCAACAGCCUAUACUUGUUUGCACCGCACACAUACAUUGGGAUCCAGAAUUCUGUGAUGUCAAGCUCAUACAAAUCAUGAUGUUAUCAAAUGAAUUGAACACUAUACUAGAAGAUGCUAACCGCAAUUAUCGUAAUGUGAAUCAUCAUCAACCGCCAAUACAGCUGUUAUUGUGUGGGGAUUUCAAUUCAUUGCCUGACUCUGGAGUGAUAGAAUUUUUGUCCGCUGGUAAAGUAUCAUCGGAUCAUCAAGACUUUAAAGAUCUGCAGUACAAGACACUUCUACAUAAAAUUUCUACAUGCGAUAGACCCAACGAGUUUAUGCAUUCCUUUAAGUUAUCUUCUGCUUACGAAAACAUAAUGCCAUUUACAAAUUAUACAUUCAAUUUUAAAGGCAUCAUUGACUAUAUUUUCUACACUAGACAGACGAUGACGCCACUUGGUUUGCUUGGCCCAUUAGCCCCUGAAUGGUUCAAAGACAAUAAAGUACUCGGUUGUCCACAUCCUCAUAUACCGUCUGAUCAUUUUCCGUUGUUAGUAGAAUUCGAGUUAUCGCCAAAUGCACACCAAAGCAAUUCAAAUGGAUUGAUUGGCCGAAGGUAGCCUCAACGUCGGUUGAAAACCGUCAAAAAACAUUAAUCGCCAAUAUAUUAAGCGUACGUACCUGCUACGAACACACACUACAUCCUUUGUACCACAAUAACAGUAAAUCAUUUGAAUUACUGUACCUAUCCUCUUUUAACAUAUGUCAUUGACUUCAUAUGCAAAUAAUAAUCUGUUUAAAACAAAAAAAAAUCCCAUGACUACAUUUUUUCUUAGUUAUUUUUUAUGAACAAAUGAUAAACUGAAAAAAGUAAUUAGAAGAAAAUGUAUCGAAACAAAAAUUAGUUGUGAAUUAUUAUUAUAUUACUUAGCUAUUUUUCAUCCUUGUUUAUUUUAUCUACCUAAAAUAUGUUUCUCCCUAACCCUAAUUUAUUUUCAAAUGUUUGUAUACAACACCAUAGAGAAAUUCUGACGAAUAUUUGUUGAAAACCUUUUGUCUUACUUAUUAAUUACAAUUAUUACUAUUGUAAUGACUAUAUUUUUUUUUAUAUAUAAUAAAAUGUUGUCACAUUUAUUUUUACCUAAAAUAAUUAAAUUUGCAUUUAUUUUAACAAUGCUCGAAAUAAAUGUUUUUUGGCAACAUUUUUUCAUCAAUAAUAUUUUUUUCGUAUGAAUUGUGAAUUAUUCUCAUAUUGCUAAAAGGACAUUCAACUGAUAUUUAAUAUUUUAAUUCAAAAAUGUUCAAUCCCAUCAUAGAUAAUCUACUGGUUUUUUUUCUUCCUGUAUACUUUAUAUGAAUUUACUAUUCUGAUCAUCUGUAUUAUUGUGAAACGUUAUAAUGUUAAUGAAUAAUUUUAUAUGAAUAAUUUUCGUUUAAUACCUAUGUAAUAAAUGUCAUCAUUGUAAUGAAAAUAUAAGAUCUACUUACCAUAAAAAACAACCAUAUAGCAACUGAUUUCAGAAGUAUAUUAAUUGUCAACAAUAGAGAGGCACAGUAACACGUAUAAAUGUAUCAUUGUUUUCAUUAUUUUUAUUAUACUCUUAAUAUCAGUAUUCAAAUAUGAUUUGUAAUUUUUGAACCAUGUCCUAAGAUUUAAUGUAAAAUUGUAAUUUGUAUUACUUAAUUUAGUGAUAAAUAAAUUAAAGUUUACUGCUGAUAGAUUUUCAAUAGACUUUAUAUAAAAAAUAACUUUAUCUUAUAAUAUAAUAGUAAUUGUCGAUUUAUGGAAAUUGAGUACAUGCGGAUAGAUUAUUUUUCUUGUAUACCUACUUAAUGAAAUAAUAUUGUUAUACUUGCAACAUAUAAUAUUAAUAUCGAUCUGAAGCGCUGCAUGAGAUAAUUCUCACAAUAAUUACAAAAUGUACGCACAUGUAUUUAUUAUAAUCAUCAUACCUAUACUGUUAAGACUUAGUUUGUAAGUGUGUUGUUGUUUAUGUAUAAUAAUAUAAUGUGACAAUUUUUUUCCACGUGUUACAGAGACACGUAUAAUUAUGACAUAUUGUUAUGUUCGAGUUAAGGCUAAUUAACUUAGUGCUCUCAGACCUCAGUGGCUUUCUCGGUGCUCGGAUUUAAUCCGUUUUUUUCGUUCCACAAAUACCUACAAUUUUUUCUUUUGUUCCCGAUUCUUAUUAUUUAAAAGUUUUGAAAAAUUCUUUCAACCGUUGCCUGAAAACCGAGAAUGCUGACUUUAUAAUGUUAUAGGAAACGUUGAUGAACCACCUAUUAGCCUUAUAAUGUAGGAUAAAAUAAUAUAAUAAUAUGUUUAUUUUUUUUUUCAAACAUGUGUUUUCGUCGUCAUUCCGAACGCGUUUUUAGUUUUUGUAGUUUGUGGCCCUUUCUCUCUCCCCCCCCCCCCCCCAUGCCUUUAUGGUUUCAUUGAAACUCUAUUAUAUAGUAUAGUUUGCAUGGACAAAGCAGAGUCGAACAUGCUAUAAAACAUCCUUUUAGGCCUCUACUUUUUCGUAGUAACCUUUUUAGUAUACCUACUUACUUAUCACGGUUAUCUGUGUUCCGUCGAAACAUCAAAUUUACAUUAAAUAUUUGAUCAACCGUAUCCAGAUAAUAUGAUAAAAACGAAGAAAAUUCAAGUAUUAGAUUGAACCUUUUUACACAUUUUUUUUGGGGGGAGGGGGGGGGGUGCUAAUUUUAAGUUUGGGAGGUAGCUGUAGUCUUCCUAGCAUUCAACGACUUAUAGUUGAGCAGAAGUAUCUACUCAAAGUCUACGUCAAUAUCCAAUUAUGUAUUAUUUAUUUAUUUAUUUAUUAUACUUAAUAAUAUCCGAGUAGAAAUAUUUUGAAUUUAAAAUGUACCUAUUCAAACACUUUUUAUACAUAGCAUACACUAGUUGUAUUCAGUGUCAGAAUGAUUCUUCCAAGUACAAUUUGUAUACUUUAUAAGAAAUACAAUAUGUACCUACAUGUAUAGUAUUGAGUAGGUAUUGAAAUUUGGGUUUAAAAUUUUUUUUUGUUUAAGUAUCUACAACUAAAUGUAAUGUUUGUUAUGUGUAACGGUUUUGAGUAUUAUAAUCAAACACAUUAUUUAUUUUGAUGUAGGUACUACUAUCACUACUUGAGAAAUACUUCUGUUUAUUUUUUUUUCUAGUAUUAAAUUAUUUAAAUAACUUUGAAAACUAUCCUUUGUACACAACACCGAAUAUUACACAUUUACGAAAUUGUACCGUAUUGUCGGCGGACGUUUUUCCCUAUAUAAUAUUUUAAUAUGAUGUGUAUAAUACCUAUAGACGAACGCACCUACCUAUUAUGAUGUACCAGUGUACAACUAUAAUAAUAUGUACCUACACUAUACGAAACUAUAAUAUAGUAUUAGGCAUUUAAUAAAAUACGACUUGUCGUAUGAAGUGCAGUGGUGCCGGUCUCGCGCCCUCCCGAUUCUCAUCCCCUUGUAGAAUUAUCCCAUACCCCACGGAUGUUGUGCCCGGUAUUCCUAUGCCUAUAUACCGCCGACGUUGUCGUUUCUAUUUAAGAGAAUAAUAUUAAUAUAUUACAAUAGUUUUUAAGUGACAUUAAACUAUAAAUAGGUAAAUAUUAUAAUAUCAUUUAGAUCGUUAAUUAUACCGAGCAGAGAUCAACCGCGCACUAAGUAUAAUAUAGGUACCAAUUGUACAUAUUAUAUAAUAUAUAUCAUUACAGUCGUAUGUGUGUAUGUAUAAUAAUUAAACAAUAAUAAUGUUUUAUGUACUGCCGCCAAUGAUGUAUGUAAACUUAUGUAUGUGUUAUAUACUAUAUAUUAUGUGCUGUAAAUAUAUAUUAUAUUUAUAUAUAAA